UGCUCAUUUAUAUAUAUAUUUUUUUGAUCCGGAAAUCAUAUAAUCCCUACUGGCUUUUCUGUUUGGAAAGUUGGAUCCUGUUGAUCGAUUUUUUUUUUGUUUUUUGUUUUUUGUUCCCGUCAAUCGUCUGGGUUUGGGAAUCUGUUGGCUGCAACAUCCAAGGGUAAUUGUUUGCGUUCGAGCGGGAAUCCUCUCCGCGAUCGAUUUUGUUCUUGCGGAGCCUCGAGGAAAAAAGGUAGCUGUUGCAAAGCGUAAUGAUAAUCUUCCUCCCUUCGGCCUCUUUAUGUUUUUAGUCAUAGCGUUGCCCUCGAUUGCGCCUGUUGCAUUCAACCAUGUCAGCAUUUCUUUAUACUUGUUCAUUGGGGAUUGAAGAGCUUAAUGUACUGUUUAUGUCUUCAGCGAUUAAAUAACCUGAUGAAAUUGCAUGGAGGGGAAAACUGAAGCAACUGAAAACGCAGAUACUGGUAAUCCGAAUGAGGCUUCUCAUAUUAAAAACAUAGAAAGUGAUCAGCUACCACAACAAGACAAUGGAAAAGCACUUGAAACAUCAGGUCCAGAAGUCUCCCAAGACUCUGAUUGGCCUGAGCAAUUGUCUCUGCUGCAGUCACCUGAGAUGAGUCUUCAAACUGUCUCUGGAAGAGAGUUUUGUGACAAUAUGGUAAAUCGGGACCAUUUUCAAAGGCCGUGUACAAACUCACGGCCUACUAACUUAGCACUUAAAGUGGGAGAGCUGACUUCGAAGAAUUAUAAGAGCCCUAACUUGUCCUUGGAUGGUUGCUCAACUAGUGGAAAAUCCUCCACCAUGACACAUUUAUGGUCAAAUUUUAAAAUGGUUGCUGGCAAAGCAAAGGAAAAAACACUAAAUGAGUAUUUGCAAUUGGGAAACAAGGAUGCUGAAGGCAGAGCACAUUUGGGUUCUAUUGACUCUUCAAGGCCACUGACAUGCAUGCAUGAAUCAAAAACAUUGAAGAUAACAGAGAAUGUUGGAGCAGCUGACAAACAUGUGGUCGUAGAUGAUUCUCACAGUAGACUUUCUUUUCCCGGAAGCAUCCAAUCUAAGAUCUUUUCUGCAUCUGGAUUUCAACAAUUUUUUAAUAGAAGUUUUAUAAAGGGUAAGAGUCUUGCAUCUAGACAUCAAGAAAAUAAUGAUGCAUUUGUUGCCAAUGUUCACGAACAAAAUAUUAUGAGACUUAAUACCGAUAGCAAAGGAACAUCUAUUUCAUCACAUAAGCAAGGUGAUGUGACAGAUAGCAUGUGCCUUUUAGGUGGUGGGAUAGUGGCUCAUCAUGAAGGGAUUAGUUUACGUGAGUGGCUUCAGCUUAAGUUGCAAAGGAUAAACAGGGUUGAGAGGAUGCAAUUCUUUAAUCAGAUUCUGGAUCUUGUAGAUGCUUGCCAUUGCCAAGGUCUAGCUUUACAACAUUUACAACCAUCAUAUUUUCUUGUUAUGCCUCUAAAUCAAGUCAAAUACAUAGGAUCUUUUAUCCCGCUAGGACAGAAGGAUAUGUUGUCAGUUUCUGUAGAAAAGGAUGUUCACUAUGCUAGUUGUCUGGGCAAAAGGAAAAUGCACAUUAAACAAAGCAAGGAGCCUGGCGAUUGUUUGGAACUGAAGUAUCAGAAACUUACUAAUAACAUCAAUGCAUGUUCCAGACAUUCUGGUUUUAGGGGAAAAGAUCAAAGCCAAGAAAAAGGUAAUAUUUCCAGAUCAGAAAAUUUCAGAUCUUGUUUGGGUGGGCUGGCAUUGGACAAGCUUUAUACAAUUCAUAGAGCAAGUUCAUGCACCAUCAGCCAACAGUCAAUGUCUGAAUUUUUGAAGUUGGAGGAGGGAUGGUAUGCUAGUCCAGAGGAAUUGCAUGAUCACAUAACUUCUUUAUCAUCAAAUAUCUACAGUCUCGGGGUUCUAUUUUUUGAGCUCUUUUGCCACUCAGAAACAUGGGAAGUUCAUUGCUCUGCAAUGUCAGAUAUCAGUGUUCGAAUCCUUCCUUCAAAUUUUCUAUCAGAAAGGCCUAAGGAAGCUGGUUUCUGCCUUUGGUUGUUGCACCCAGACCCUUAUUCUCGGCCAAAAUUAAGGGAUAUUAUUUUGAGUGACCUAGUAAAAGAAAAUAGAGAAUUGUUAACCAUAGAUCAUUCUUUUGCCUUGACUGAAGAGGAAGAUGCUGAGGCUGACUUGUUGUUGCAUUUUCUCUUGUUGUCGAAAGAGAAGAUGGAGAAGCAGGUGGGUGAUCUUUUAGCAAACUUUGAAUGUAUAAGAACAGAUCUUGAGAAGGUUGAUGGAGGGUCUUUGUUGAAAGUUAAGUUCUCUUCUGGUGGCAAAUAUUUGCCGUCAAGCUUAAAUUAUAUCCCUGAAUCUUAUUCUCAUGAUAAAACCAUAAAACAUGUGGACGAACUGACUAGAUCACCCCUGUCAUGUCUAUACAAAGAAAGGUUUUUGAAGAACAUUGACCAGCUUGAGAAUGCAUACUUUACCAUGAGAUCCAAAAAGGAGGCAUCUGGACCCAAUUCUGCAACCCGUACAGACACAGAUGUUUUAAAGAUGCGAGAUAGAAAUUUCCAUGUCCAACACACUGCUGUUCAAGAGACAGAGGAGUUGGGAACAUUUUUUGACGGUUUAUACAAAUUUGCUCAAUAUAAUAAGUUUAAAGUAUGUGGCAGCCUCAAGAAUUCAGAUAGUGUUCACUGUGCAAAUGUGAUUUGUUCUUUGAGCUUUGACCGUGAUGAGGACUACUUUGCUACUGCUGGGGUAUCAAAGAAAAUAAAAAUUUUUGAGUUUAGCUCUCUUUUGGAUGACACAGUUGACAUUCAUUACCCAUUGAUUGAAAUGACAAAUAGAUCCAAGCUCAGUUGUGUAUGUUGGAAUAACUAUAUUCGAAAUUAUUUGGCAUCAACAGACUAUGAAGGUGUAGUUCAGUUAUGGGAUGCAAGCACUGGCCAAGGUUUGACAAAGUUCAUAGAGCAUCAAAAAAGAGCUUGGUCAGUUGAUUUCUCACAAGUAGAUCCAGCUAAACUGGCUAGUGGAGGUGAUGACUUUUCUGUGAAACUGUGGAGCACUAAUGAGAAAAAUUGCAUUGGCACCAUCAGGAACGUAGCUAAUGUCUGUUGUGUUCAGUUCUCUCCGUACUCCUCCCAUCUGUUGUCUUUUGGCUGUGCCAAUUACAGAAUUUACUGUUUUGAUCUGCGAAAUACUAGAAUUCCAUGGUGUACACUGGCUGGACAUGGAAAGGCUGUCAGCUAUGUGAAGUUCAUAGACGCAGAAACAAUUGUUUCUGCAUCAACUGACAACUCACUCAAAAUUUGGGAUCUGAAACAAACCAAUGCAAGCAGAUUGCAAGACAGUUCUUGCAAGCUGACCUUGAGUGGUCAUACAAAUGAGAAGAACUUUGUUGGUUUGUCGGUCUUGGAUGGAUACAUAACAUGUGGUUCUGAAACCAAUGAAGUUUAUGCUUACUACAAAACUUUCCCUAUGCCAAUGGUUUCUCACAAAUUUGGUUCCAUUGAUCCGAUCACCGCACUGGAGACCGAUGAUGAUGGCGGACAGUUUGUCUCAAGUGUUUGUUGGAGAGGCAAAUCAAAUAUGGUGGUCGCUACAAAUUCCACUGGCAGCAUGAAAGUGCUGCACCUGGUUUAAGCACGAAAAAUGUCAGGCUUCACCAAAAAGUUCUGGCGGAACUGCUCAUAAUUCAGUCGGUCAGAAUGCAAAAAAUGAUCUCUGCACAAGUAUGAUACGGCAUGGGGACGACAUUCAAAAAAGACCCAGACAUCAGGUUUGUCCUGGUUUGAAGCCACAUAAGCACACUGAAGUUACACGUACUUGUUGAACCAUCAAGAUCCAAGCAAAGCCCCGUUUCUUGUUUUAACAACCACGACAAUCUGAAAGCUAACGACAAUAUCUCAAGUCGUCCAAGCGGACUGGAACCGAGUACAACUUGUGCCAUUGCGGUAGCCUGAUAAAACAGAAAUUUUGGUAUCCCAUGUACACUUAAACGAUGUUUACCAAGGUGGAAGCAACGAGACCUAGUGAUUGCUGAAGCUGUAUCACCUCCCAAAAGUCAGCAUCAUCAUAUUUGCUCAUAGGCAAAUCAGUUCCAGCUUGUUGGUGGUUCGUUUAGGAGACUGACUCAGUCUUUGAUUAUGCUCGGCCAUUGACUACAUUUCAUUGGUUGAUGAAAAUUUUAAAUAGAUUAUGAAUAGAAGAUACAUAUGUUGUAUUGUUGAUUAUAAUAUUAUCUUGUUGUUUAAACAUCUCAUUUUUGGUCGUUUUGUAAUAAUCUGAUCCAUCUGAUGUACAUAACAGGUUGUUUUAGAUCAAUCUGGUAGAAGUUCGAUCAUCAACUAUAAAUUUUGGCUUGUACUAUGUUGAACAUGCAAUUAAAUGUUCUAAUACAAUAUUUCAUUCAUGCCUUUUCUCA